UAUACAUUUGUUUAAAACUUUAUGGUGUAAAGCGAAAGCAUUUCCAUCAGCUCUGACACUAUGUCCCCCCUCGCCAUGCUGAGAGAUUGGUAUGACCCGGUGUGAGUGUGCAGCGUGCUGUGUAUGCAGAGUGGUGCUCACACAUGGUGUUCCCCUCGUACUUCUCUACUCGUCACAGGUAUCAUCUGGUGUGUGGACAUUGAGGAUUGCUGGGGACAUUCUGUCUAUGGAAUAAAUCAUGCCUCACAGAAAGAAGAAGCCCUUCAUAGAGAAGAAGAAAGCAGUAACUUUUCAUCUGGUCCACAGAAGUCAGAGGGAUCCACUAGCUGCUGAUGAAACUGCUCCACAGAGAGUUUUACUACCUGCUGAUAAGGUAGAUUCAGAUAAAAGGAGAGAAGAACAAAGAACAUUUGGUGUUUUCUUUGAUGAUGACUACAAUUACUUACAGCACCUUAAAGAAGUGGGCCCUGCUGAACUUGUUCCUUCUGGACGGCCACAAAGUAGGAUUAUUGUGACUGAGGAUGGAAAGGUAGAAGAAGAAGAAGUGGAACAAAUCCAACACCCAACUAUAAACUUACCUUCUUCAGUGUUUGCAUCUGAGUUUGAGGAGGAUGUAGGAUUAUUGAACAAAGCUGCACCUGUUCGAGGUCUUUGUCUGGACUUGGACCCUGAUGUUGUGGCAGCACUAGAUGAUGAUUUUGACUUCAGUGACCCUGAAAACCAAUUGGAGGAUGACUUCAUAUUAAAGGCAAAUGAUCUUGUCAGUAAGGAUCAAAGAAAUGAGAAAGAAGGGGAUGAUGACGAAUGGGAAGAUGUUGACGAUGAGGAAGAGGAUAGUGAUGAGAGCCAAGAUGAUGACUUUGACUCAGAUGGCCCCCUGUCUGAUGACGAGAGCAGAGGUGAAGAUGGCCAGAUGAAAGAGUUCCUGUUCAUGCAGGAAGAGACGAAGAGUCGCUUCUCACAAUAUUCUAUGUCUUCGUCUGUUAUGAGGAGAAAUGACCAGCUCACCCUUCUGGAUGAGCGCUUUGAAAAGUUUUAUGAGCAGUUUGACGAAGAUGAGAUUGGUGCCUUGGAUAAUGCAGAAUUAGAGGGAUUUAUUCAGACAGAUAGUGCUAGACUUCAAGAUGUGGUAAAGGACUACUUCAUACAGAAAGCAAAAGAGUGUGUAAAGUUAAAAGAUUUAAAACCCAGAGAAGGUUUGGAUUUGAUUGAAGAAGAUGAAGUGGAAGAGGAAAUGCAAACUAUAGUUAUAGAAGAGCCUUCUGAAAAGUGGGACUGUGAAUCAAUACUCAGUACAUAUUCAAAUUUAUAUAAUCACCCCCAGAUAAUUAAAGACCCACCAAAGACCAAGCCAAUAAAGGUAUCUGCCAAAACUGGCAUUCCACUGGGUGUUCUGCCUGGAAGGGGGCCUACAGCCAAACAAGUAGAGCGCAUGGAAAGGAUUAAUGAUGGAGAUUUGCCCAGAGUUUCUACGCAGCAGCGUUCUAAACAUGAAUCCACGGAAGAGAAGAAAGCAAGGAAACAGGCUAUAAAAGAAGAAAGAAAGGAACGCAGAGUGGAAAAGAAAGCCAAUAAACUUGCCUUUAAAGUAGAAAAGAGCAGACAGGAGAAGGAACAACUGAAUUUGAGACAAAAUCUUCAAGGACUUAAGAUUGCUUAAUAUUUUAACAGCCAACCAAAAGACUGGGAGUUCCUUUUCUGUCAUACUUGCUGCUGCAGCAAGAACGUUUUUGGCAUUGUGGUGUGUACUAUACAUUACUGCAUCAUGCUGCAUAUUACUUUUUACAAAGUAUCUUCACUUCAAAGUUGUUUCAGAAAUGUAUUUAAGUCUAUUGAAGAAAAAUAUGGAUUUUGAACGUGAGAUACUUUAUAUACCAAGGAGGUGUGUACAAUGAUUUGAACAACAAUAUUUAAUUUGUUGACAGUUUUUCUAUUGCCUUAUUAAUUGCUAUUUUGGAUUCUAGCAAGUAUGAUUUAUGUUUUAAAAAGAAUCAACUAAAAAACGACUCCUCGUGCGUUACUGUCGGCUGUUAAAGUUUUCCUUUAACCCUUCCGCUGCAAGAGGUUUUUUCACACACACGCUCGGCUCAAAUGCACAUUUUGUGCAAAAACACAAAAAAAAAAAUCUAAAAUAUAAGCACCGUUGUGCACCAUUGUGCUUCCACUAUGUCUACAAAUUUGUAAGAAAAGUCUGAUAUCUCCGUCAAUGUAAAGCUGUAUCACUUUUUUUUUUUCCUUAAGGCAAGCUUCCUGUCUCCUCAACUAAGCUGUAAGUUCCUCUAUGUGCAUUAUAUCAUGUACUGCUCUAAUCCAAUGAUGCACAGUGGGGGAAAGAAUGGGAUUUCCAAUGUGCUGGUAUACAGGUUGUCUUUGACAUGUUUAAAAGUUGUUUUAUGUCAAAAUGUCUAUACUUUCAUUUUGAAAGAGGGCUAAGGUGUAGCAGACAGGCUACUGGACCAUGGACAAGGGAAAGGUCCAUAAGAUCCUUAAUGCACAUACAUCCUGCCAGUUAGAUUGAACUCUAGGGCAAGUGCAAAAAAAUAUGAUAGCGUGUUGCCCUGUCUUCCCCAUAUCGCCAACAGGUGGGAUCGACCUUGGGAAACACUCUGUGUAUUCUGUUUGGGAACUCUAUACUUUUCUAGUUAGGAGUCUCUGCUUCCUGCAGUCUCACAGAAAUAGAAGAUUGGUGUGUAAAGUAGAAAAUAAAGUCACUUUGGUCUGCA